UGAGAGAAGGGCUCUUUUCCUAUAUUGGCUGCCCGGGGGCAUGGAUUUGUGAUUCCUCUCAAACUCAGAACCCUAAGACACACUAUCGCUUGGUCGAUCGCUCGCUUGCUCCUUCCGCUUGUGCGUAAAGGCAAAGAAACACCAUGGUGUUCUACUUCAAAGCACGGCCAGAAGCUGGCGAUUACACCAUCUUCAUGGGUCUUGACAAAUACGAGAACGAGGAGCUUAUCAAAUACGGUUUCAUCGAAGAUAUCUGGUUCCAUGUGGAUAAAAUGUCUUCUGCCCAUGUCUAUCUUAGACUGCAUAAAGGUCAGACCAUCGAUGAUAUAAGUGAAGGCUUGCUGGAGGACUGUGCUCAGCUUGUGAAAGCAAAUUCAAUCCAAGGAAACAAGGUGAACAAUGUUGAUGUUGUUUACACUCCCUGGUCCAAUUUAAAGAAAACUGCUUCCAUGGAUGUUGGUCAAGUUGGUUUUCACAACCCAAAAAUGGUUCGAACUGUGAGAGUGGAGAAGCGGAUCAAUGAGAUUGUGAACAGGUUGAACAAAACAAAAGUGGAAAGGAAACCUGAUUUGAAAGCUGAGCGGGAAGCAGUUACUGCUGCUGAAAGAGCAGAAAGGAAGCAGCAACUGAGGGAAAAGGUGAGUUUGAAACGGCGGGAGGAAUUGGACAAAACUGAAAAGGAGAGGCAAGCAGAACUGAGGAGCUACAAGGGUCUGAUGGUGUCAGAAAACAUGACGUCCAAUAAGCAAAUAGCAUCCGCAAGUAAAUCAUUGCAGGAACUGGAGGAGGAUUUCAUUGGGAUUUAACCUAACUAUCUAAGUGGCAUUUGUCAUUACAAAUGGGAAUUGUUAUGAUGCCAUCUCAAAAUACGUGCAUGGACAAGUAUGUGUGAGGCGAAGAGUUAUGGCAACAUUGUCUAGAAAUCCUAAUUGCUCCGAAGCAGCUUCCAAAGAUGCCAUGGAAGCUAUUUGGGAUGUUUGUUACAAUGACAGGCAACCUUUUAAUAAAGCUCCAUAAGUUCAUCCUGAGAACUUAUAUAUUGCUAGUCUCAAUUAUAUUUACAAGAGAAUGAUUCUUUUAACUUGUUUUGCAUUAUUUUUAUCUGAGGCAGUCAUACAAGAUUGUUGUUCAUCAUUAUGGAAUAAAGUGUCCAUCAAUUUUUA